UUGUUCGACCAAGUGUCACGCCCGACAAAUGGUGUAGCAAUGAUGUGGCAGGUUCUAACGCUUUCUGUACUCGGAGCCAUCUCUGUCGUGCAGAGUGACCAUCACUUUUGCUCUAGCGGCUACAGCCGCGGUCAAUACCUUGAUGCAUCGACGAAGAAAUAUCUUCUCUGCUGGAAAGUGGAUUGGUCUGACAGGUCGAUCACGUUCUCAGCCAAAGUCGCCACGACAGGAUGGAUAGGGCUCGGUUUCUCACCAACAGGCUUCAUGCCCAACUCCGAUGUGGUCAUCGGAUGGGUGAAAGACGGUCAAGGAUACUUGAAGGAUCGUUUUGCAACUGAGAGAUUACAGCCACCAAUCGACGACAUUCAAAAUGUCAGACUGUUGUCGUUUAGUGAAGCAGACGGAAUGACGACGCUGGAAUUCAAACGAGACCUCGAGGCGUGCGAGCCGAAGGACAGAAGCAUUGAGGAAGGAACCACUCGAGUUAUCUUUUCAUACAACCCUAAUGAUCCUGCCUCAGAAACAGCAUUAGACAAGCACACAUUUGCUCAAAGAAUCAGUGUCAAUCUGCUGAGCGGAACCGGCAACGUGGAACCCGAGCCUCUAGAGAUGGACCACAAAACGUUCGACGUUCUGAAUCACAAUGUAUCUGUGCCUGCUCAGCUUACGACCUACUGGUGCACUCCAUACAAGCUGCCUCGACUGCAAAACGAAGCUCAUAUAAUAAGAUUUGAACCAGUAGUGCAAACAAACCAUGAGGAACUAGUGCAUCACAUCUUAAUUUACACCUGCAUUGAUGUUGUUCCUUACCUCGAUAUGUCAUGGGAUUGCGAUAAUCCACCAGAUUCCGUACCGGAUUCGGUUCAAAGAUGCCGUGAAUCGUCAGUGAUUGCAGUGUGGUCCGUUGGAGGAUCAGGUAUUACUUUCCCAUCGCAAGUGGGACUGCCCUUGAGCGGUCAGACUGGCGCCCAAUACGUUCUGAUGGAAACUCAUUACAACAACGAGCAAAGCAAAGAAGACUACGUGGACAGCUCUGGAAUACGAAUAUAUUACACUCCAACCAAACGGCGAUACGACGGUUCAAUGUUAGCAUUUGGUCACACAGUAAAUCCUUCUCUCUUGCUGCCACCUGGUAAAGACGACAUCAUAACAGAAACUGUAUGCCCUCCAGCCUGCACUCAAGUGGGACUUCCUUCAACUGGAGUGAAUGUGUUUGGUACAAUCUUGCAUACACAUACCGUUGGCAAAGGAAUUUGGAUUGAGCACAGUCGUGGUGGUGUCCAACUUCCCAAUAUUGACAGCAACUACAAUUACGACUUCAACUUUCAGGAUUUUGUUCUACUGAGAAAUGAAGUCAAGAUUUUGCCUGGAGACGACGUUCAGGUGUUUUGCGACUACGACACAUCAGCUAGAACGCAAGUUACCAUUGGUGAAGAAGGCACCUUGGACGAAAUGUGUCUGGCUUUUCUUUUAGUGUAUCCUCGACCGCAGCUCUCUACCUGCCUGAGCCAAAUUGGUGUAUCAGUAUUGCGCAGUUAUAUCAACCAGGCGACACUAAAAGGCUAUUAUACAGACUUGGUAAACAAUUCAGCAAAUGAUAAAACUCAAGGAAGACAGUUUGAACAAAGCGUUAGAAACAUGGACUGGAGCAGUGACGACGCGUACACUCUCUGGGAAAAGGAAUUCUGGUCUUCUAAGAGAAGGGAUUACUUUUGUAUUGACCAAUUUCACAACAGCUUAUUGGGAGCACCUGCAGAGGUUGGUAACUCUACUUCGUUGCCUGAAAUCACUCAGUCCCUGACUGAUGCUCCUACAACUGGAACACCUAAACCCUGCACAAGUGUUACAACAGAAUCUCCGACCAACUCGUCUCUUUACUUGAUUUCUAAUCUGUUCCUGGUUGCUGUUUUGUCUUUGGUGGCAAAAAUGAUAGAAUAUUAAUGAAAGAACGCCUACAAAACGUUGACACGAGAACUGCGGGCUUUGUUGCUUGCCUAUAUUGUUAACUGUGCUGUUUGCAAUUGUUUUAUGCCCUUUUUUAGUUGAGUGUUUGCUGGUGGAUGGAGUCAAACUCUAGCUUAAAAGUGAUUUAGAACGGAUUGCGAGAUUAGUGUUGGUGGCUUUAUAAUGUUUAGAAUAACUGUCUUUUAUUCAAUAGAGGCAAUUAUGUACCGAUGCCUCGGUGCAUCAUUCGCAA